AUGGAGCCACGGUGGCAGUACCAGUUCCGAGUGAUCAUGCUGGGGGACUCGACAGUGGGGAAAUCCUCGCUGCUGCGGCGCUACACUGAGGGUAUCUUCCUGGACACUGUCAACCAGACUGUGGGGGUGGACUUCUACGUCCAAUUUGUGGAGCUGAAGCCAGGGCUGCGAGUGAAGCUGCAGUUUUGGGACACAGCUGGGCAGGAGAGGUUCAGGUCCGUGACUCGCUCCUACUACCGCAACUCGGCCGGAGGGAUGCUGAUCUUCGACCUCACCAACCGCGCAUCCUUUGAGAGCAUCCGGUGCUGGCACCGGGAGGUGACUGACACCAUCCAGCCCUUCCGCAUGGUCUUCCUGCUGGUGGGGCACAAGAGUGACAUGGCUGGGCAGCGCCAGGUGGGCCAGAGGGAGGCGGAGAAGCUGGCGGCCUCACUGGGUGUCCAGUACGUGGAGACCUCAGCAAAAGACGCUUCCAAUGUGGUCCAGGCCUUCCAGAUGCUGACGGUGGCCAUUUACAAAGCACUGCAGACAGGGUGGUUGGUGGCCACAGAGGCAUGGGACGGGGUGAAGAGCAGUGUCCCACUGCCGGUGCUGCCCAAGGCUCAGGCACUGGAGAAGGAGCAGCGGAAGAGAUGCUCAUGCUAGAGCUGUGGGCAAGGCAGGGAUAUGCUGGGCUCAGAAGGGGAAGUGGAUAUGGACCAGCCAGGCACAUGGCUGCAUUAAAUACCUCUCGUCACCCUCUGCCUGCCUGUGUUUUCCUG